GUGAAACUAGAAUAAAAGCAGAGACAGAGCAGGGGAGCAGAGACACAGGGUGGUGGUCUGGUAGAGUCAGAUGAUUUCUAUUCUUCACUGAUUUCUCUCAUAACAACAUGGCUGGGUCAAACACAAACACAAAGAGAAUUGUCAUCUUGGGGAAAACUGGAGCUGGGAAGAGCAGCCUGGCCAACACUAUAUUUGGAGAGAAUGCGUUCAUGAUCAACCACACUUCCAACUCUGGAACAAGAGAAUGUCAAGCACAAACUAAAUGUGUCAAUGGAAGAAACAUCACUUUGAUCGACACUCCAGGUUUCUUUGACACAGACAGACCAGAGGAGGAGCUGAAAGCUGAGAUAGUGAAGUGUAUCAUAGAGUGCGCUCCCGGGCCUCAUGCUUUUCUCAUUGUACUUAAAGUGGAGAAAUUCACUGAGCAUGAGAAAGCUGUCGUCAAGAAAAUACAGAAAUACUUCUCUGAAGAAGCUCUAAAAUAUACAACAGUCCUCUUUACACACGGUGACCAGCUCGCUGAAGGAACGACAAUCAAGGAUUUUAUCCAGGAGAAUAAGUCCCUGAGGGAUCUUGUGAAGAAGUGCGGUGGCCGAUGCCAUGUCAUUGAUAAUAAAUACUGGAACAAAAGCCCAAAGGGUGAAUACAGGAACAACCAGUUCCAGGUGGAGGAGCUACUUAAAACAAUAGAUAAAUCAGUGCGGGCAAACAGAGGAAGCUGCUUCACCAAUGAGAUGUUACAAGGAGUGCAGGAAGAAAUAAACCAAGAGGAGCAGCGCAUCAGAAAGUCAUCAUCCAAUAUGUCAGAAGAAGAGAUCACACAGCAGGCUAAAGUCAGUGCAUUUAAGAAAAUUUUGAUCAAAGUGACUGGUGUUACAACAGGUGCAUUGGUAGGAGCUUUUUGUGGUGCAGCACUGAUGGUUGGAGCAGUUUGUACAGUAUUAAAUUCAACAGUGAUACCAAAAGCAGUAAAAGCAAUAACAUCAUCAGUGGGAGCCUUAGGAGGGCAAGCAGCAGCAGGAACAGCAGCAGCAGGUGCAGCAACAGGUGCAGGUACAGCAGGUACAACAACAGGUGCAGCAGCAGAAAAAUUGUUAGGCGGCGUUACCGUGGGAGUCGUUGCAGUAGGAGCAGUGAUAGGUGGCUAUAAAGGAUACCAUGCAGCUGAAGGAGCAAAUACACCAGGGGAAGCAGCACAUAGGGCAGCAGAGGCUGUCAUAGAUGAUGCCAUGUUGGUCUUUAAUAAAGUACGCGAUGCUGUGUAUGGACUGUCAAAGCCACAGUGAAAACAAAAUCACAAGCUACAGUGAACUGUGAUUCUUGAGGAAUGGGGAGUGAAUUUAUUAUUAAAAAGUUAUAUCUCACAGUAGACUGGAAAACUUGCUGUAAUUAUCUGAAGUCAUUGGAAUGAUCAUGUUUAUUCAUAAAUAUGUAUGUGUAAAAAAACAAGAAUUAAAAUAUAGAAUAUAUUGCUUCAGCUCACAGUGUACAGGCUUUAUGCUUUUGUCUGUUUCAAGAAUUGGCUACAGGUUGUCCUGGAGUUUGAUGUGCUGUCUGAACCCAAAAACAUCUCUUUUUAACGUCAUUCCUUUCUGAAGAACUAUUUUAAUGAAAGUGGUGUUGGUUGCAUUUCUGUCUAUUUAAAAUAUUAGUUAAUUGUUGUAAAAGUUAGUCAAAGAACACUUGUGUUGUUAUAUCAUGGUUGUGCUGUCCACUGGAUAUAGUGCAAAUUGUAAUCUAUCUAGACAUAUUUUACUGUUUUAGCAUUAUUUCAUUACAUUUGAUGAUGAUUUCUUGUGGAUUAUUAAGAAAUGAAUAAACUUGUAUAGAACAUGGGA